AUGCAGCCCAUGACUAGGAUCUACUGUAGACCUCUGGACUGGCCUGCUAGCCCAUGCUCUGAAGUUAAUAACAUCGAAGGCCGACUAAAAAUCCCUAAGCCAGUCCAGAUAUGGUUUCAGAACCAGAGGUCACGCCAGCUGAGGCAGCACCGGCGGGAAUCUCGGCCCUGGCCGGGGAGACGCGGCCCGCAAGAAGGCAGGCGAAAGCGGACCUCCGUCACCCCAUCCCAGACGGCCCUGCUGCUCCGAGCCUUUGAGAAGGAUCGCUUUCCCGGCAUCGCCACCAGGGAAGGACUGGCCAGAGAGACGGGCCUCCCGGAGUCCAGGAUUCACGUCUGGUUUCAGAACCGAAGGGCCAGGCACCCGGCACCGGGUGGCAGGGCGCCGGCGCACGCAGGCGGCCCGUGCAACUCGGCCCCCGGCGGGUGUCACCCUGCUCCCUGGUCGGUCGCCCCGGCAGGCGGGGAUGCUGCCUACGCCGCCCUGGCUCCUCCGGAAGGGGCGCUCUCCCACCCUCAGGCGCCUCGGUGGCCUCCGCACCCCCCGAGCAAAUGCCCGGGGGACCGGGACCCGCAGCGCGACGGCCUGCCGGGCCUGCCCGCUCAAGCUGGGCCACAGGGCCAAGGUGUGCUUGCGCCACCCCCGUCCCGGGGCAGUCCGUGGUGGGGCUGGGGCCAGGGGCCCCAGGUCGCCGGGGCCGCGUGGGAACCCCAAGCCGGGGCAGCUCCACCUCCCCAGCCCGCGCCCCCGCCCCCGGAGGGCUCCGCGCGGCAGGAGCAGAAGCGAGCCGUCCCGGCGCCCUCCCCACCGCCCCAGGAGCCCGGGCGCUCGUCUGCCCUGCCCUCCGGCCUGCUGCUGGAUGAGCUCCUGGCGUGCCCAGAGUUUCUGCAGCAGGCGCACCCUUUCCUAGAAACCGAGGCCCCGGGGGAGCUGCAGGACUUGGAAGAGCCCGCCGGGCUGGAACCACCCCUCAGCGAGGAAGAAUACCGGGCUCUGCUGGAGGAGCUUUAG